AUGACAUUACCAUUAACAAUUUCUGUUUUAAAUGCAGAUCAAACAAAAAUCAACAAACAAAUACUUCCGAAUUCACAAGUAUUAUUAAAAUACCCAUGUGAUGGCACUGGAAAUUCAUGUUUCCCUUAUCAAGUCAUAUUUUCCAUUGGAAUUUACAGAAUCGAACUUUAUGGUGCCUCCGGAGGAGGCAACAGUAGUACCACUAUAGGUGGUAAAGGAUCUUAUACAAGUGGAUACAUUGAUUUUAAGACAAAAACUACCAUGUUCUUCUACAUUGGCCAGAAAGGUUCUCCAAAUGGUGCCAAUACCUAUAAUGGGGGCGGUCACGGCGUAUAUUUUGCACAAGAUCAAAAGUAUGGUGGUUCUGGUGGUGGUGCCACUGAUAUGAGAUAUGUUUCAGGAGAUUGGGAUAAUCUCCAAAAUUUGAAAAGUAGAAUCAUGGUCGCGGCAGGUGGUUCUGGUGCCCAAGACCACUGGACAUUCAUUGAAGGGGCACAUGGUGGUGCUCUUACCGGAAACAACGGAAAACAAGCUGUAAGACCUGGAUACACUAAUAGUAGUGCUUUAGAUAAUGCCGUAGGAGCCACACAAAUUUCCGGUGGAAAAGGUGGCAUUGGUUAUGAAAAAGUAGGAGGUUGGCCAAAUAGUAGAGGAGAAAGUGGAUCAUUUGGAAAGGCUGGUGGACAGCCAAACAAUCAAUGGGGCUCUGGUGGUGGUGGGGGCUAUUAUGGAGGCGGUGCAGGCGCUCUUGUUACAUGGUUAGUAGGAACAGGAUCGUCAGGAUCAUCUUUCGUUUCUGGAUAUCCAAAUUGUAAUGCGAUCAGACCAGAAUACAGUUUAUCAAAUCCUGUCCAUUCAGGCAGUCCUAAUCACUAUUCGGGCUAUGUUUUUCAAGUCCCUAUUAUGCGAAGUGGCUCUGAAUCUAUUCCAUCUCCUACGAAUGAUUUUGUUAUGCAAGAAGGCAAUUCAGGUCAUGGAUAUGUUAAAAUUACUGUCAUCCAACGUUGUGCUGUUGUUUCUUGUGUUUGCAAUAUGAGAUAUAAUUUUAAUAUGAACUUUGCAUCUCCAUUUCUCUUUAGAUAA